AUGUUGAACGGAAGAGUUUUUUGCAGCUUACUCGCAUUGUGGUUGUGCCUUUGCUUAGGUGCGCACAGUGCUCCUUCGGAGAUUAUUGAUUUCUAUAAGCUUUUCAAUAACCCCGAACCGCAAUUGAGUUUGCCCUCAAGAAGGACUACGGCCUAUUACCUGGGAGAACAUGGCUAUCCUGCAGAGCAUCAUUAUGUGACCACUGAGGACGGUUAUAUACUGGGACUGUUCCGUAUACCGUAUUCGCACAAUCUACAGAAUCAAAAUGAAGUUCGUCCAAUUGCCAUCAUUCAGCACGGAUUAUUUUCAAGCUCUGACUUCUGGCCGUUCCUAGGACCAGAUGAUGCUCUGCCCUUUUUACUGGCCGAUGCGGGAUUUGAUGUGUGGCUGGGAAAUGCCCGCGGCAAUACGUAUUCCCGGAACCAUACAACACGGUCGCUGAAACACCCAGAUUUCUGGCGUUUCAGUUGGAACGAGAUUGGCUAUUAUGAUAUUGCCGCCAUGAUAGACUAUUCUCUCAGUACUGAGAAUGGUCAAAAUCAAGCAGAGAAGGCCAUCCACUAUGUGGGUCAUUCUCAAGGCACUACGGUUUUCUUUACUUUAAUGUCUAUGCGUCCAGAGUACAAUGAGAAGGUCAAGACGGCUCACAUGUUGGCCCCAGUGGCCUUUAUGGGCAAUAUGGAAGAUCAGAUGGUCAAUAGUUUGUCGCCAUACUUGGGUUUCCAUAACAUCUAUUCGAGUUUGUUCUGUUCCCAAGAGUUUCUGCCAUACAAUGAGUUUGUCCUGGCCUUGCUCUACAAUGUCUGUCGUCCAGAUUCGGUGGUCACUGGCUAUUGUGAUACAGAUCUUGAUAAUCUUAAUAUCAAUGGACGUAGCAAUUCGACUGCCAGCGCAUUGAGUUCUGGUACUGCCCCGGCCGGCGUGUCGACUGAUCAGAUUCUACAUUAUAUGCAAGAGCAUCAAUCGGGACACUUCCGUCAAUUUGAUUUUGGCAGAAAGAAGAAUCUAAAGGUCUAUGGAACUGAGAACCCGCCCGAUUAUCCCACCGAAAAAAUCACUUGUGAAAUGCAUCUAUGGUAUUCGGAUAACGAUGACAUGGCCGAUGUCGACGAUGUUCUACGGGUGGCCGAGACAUUACCCAACAAAGUAAUGCAUCACAUUGAUGAUGAGUUGUGGGAUCACAUGGACUUCGCCUCGAACUGGGAGGUACGCAAGUACAUAAACGAUCCAGUAAUUGAAAUUAUGCUGGAGUAUGAAGUCAGAAGUCGUAAGUGAGAAUGUAU